UCAUGCAGGUAACGUGCCAGUUCUACAGCUUGAGCCCUCACAGCCUCCUGCCCUCAAUCACUUUACAGCUGAAGUCAUCUAAGUGAAAAAGGGGCUCAGGGACGACAUUGAGAUUGGGCCACUGUCUCAAUCCAUAAAGCAUGCAUAUUUAACAUCACCUUUUCAAUACAUUAGAUGUAAUUUCUGCAUUUGGCGAAAUAAUGGACCGCCUUACUUUUUUUUUCAAAAGUUAAAAAAACGUGGCUGCUACUAGCCAACAGCUAGUAAACAGAUGAGGAUGCUAAUUGCUAACGCAGUGGAAGACAUGAUGCCAAACAGACUAAUGAGAGCGUCAAGGAGAAUGAAGAAGAGGGACGUUUCUGCCUGCUGCAGCAAAACUGACAACUGCACGCUGUUCUUCUUGGAAUCGCCACCUGUGAUUGACAGUUUGACAUCGAAAUGAGUCACUCAUCACUGGGCCAAAGUUUGUCUCUGUCUGCCAGACGCAGCCUGCACUCAACCCAAAGCCUGCCUUCUCCUCUGAUCCGCUGACUCACUCUGCACACAGCGCAUCGUUCAGUCCAGCCGGGAGAGACUCCAGGAAGAGGUAAACAAUGCAGCUGAGAGGCUCCGAGAUGACAGGAUGUCAUUACUGGGGCAACGGGAAGGGGGAGCCGUGAGUGUGCGGGUGUAGGUGACCUCCUCUCUUCCUGGUCCAGGCAGCCUCCGAGCUGGAAGAAGUCAUCCAGGCUGUGUCCUUGUCAUCUCCUCGUGAAUGGUACAUGGGCCAGGGAGCACCAUGCCAGUUUGGCCCUGCAGAACUGCAACAGGAAAGCUACUACGCUUGUGUCCAAAUGGAAGGAAGGGAGGGGGAGAGUGCUGCUUUAAAAGUCAAGACCCAUUCAUGAUCGUCUGGAUCAUCCGCGCAUCGAGUGCUGAGGUCGUAUCUCUUCUCUUUCUUCCCCCUCUCCCUCUCCUACGGCACAGAUCAGCCGCACAUUAAUGUUGAUUAGCCAAGUGUGAAGGCAAGGGUGGAGAGGGACCCAGUGUGCUAAACACAAGCUGGUGGAGCUUCUCUACAUGUGCAGAGCAGUGAUUGGUUGAUAGCCCUGUCACUCAAACAGCAAGUACUCUCCUACUUCCUCUGUCCUCCUUUCCUGGUGCAGCCUAGGAGGAGGGAGGGGGGAAUGGAUCUUUUCUGUGUGAGUCGCCGGAGCUCCCUCAGCCUGCUCCUUACCACCUGUCCUUGACUUGCUGUUCCCAGACGAGACAGAGUGGAAGCUGCUCCCGCUCACUCCCCCCUCAGGCACCUUUCUCCAUCCGUGUUUAUGUGAGCUGAGCAGCGGCAUUUUAUCUUUACAUCAUUUUUUCCCUCUCUCUGUGUGUGUGGCUGUUUCCUUUUUUUUUUCUACCUGUGGUGCUUCAGCGUAGUGGCGAGGAGAGGAGCGUUCGUCCUCGGCUGGUGGAGCUCUGCUGAUGGGAGGCGGUGCUGGCUCAGGCUGGGACUGGGGAUGCUGAACGGGGGGAGGGAGGGCCUGUUUGAGCUGGGACAGCAGCUCCAGCAGCAGGGGGAGUACCAGGCCGCCCUCCACUGCUUCCUCAGUUGCCUGUUGGGACUGACCCAUGUGCAGAGCUUCAACUCUCUGCCCAACUGCCUCCACCAGAUUGCAGAGCUCUUCAUUACUGAAAAGAACUAUGGAAAGGCUCUGCAGUUCAUCCAGGCUGAGAAAAUGUUCUACGAGGUGGCACUGAUCGAGCUCACCGCUCUUCAGGGGAGCACAGGGCCUCAGGAGGAGGCGACACUGGGCUCCGCAGGAUGGACGACCCCAGAGGAGCUCUCGGAGCAGGCCUCCCAGGCACAGCACCUCGAGCGGCUGGCACAGCUGUGCAUCAUGAGCAAACAACCUCAUCUUGCUCUCGAAUACAGCGGUAAGGCUGCAAAAAUCCACCAGAGGGCCUUUGGGAAUGACCACCCCAUAACAGCCAGGAGCCUGGAGCUUAUGGCUACCGUCUAUGCUGAGAUCGGCAAGACUGAAUAUUCAGACUCCUUGGGUGAGUGCGUGUCUGCACUGUCCAAACGCUUCGCUGCUGCUGAGCCCAUCAAAGACACCGUCAACGGUCUUCCUCAUUCGCAUCGGGAGAAACACUCAGAGGUCCGCCACAGAAAGGACUCCCACCAUCAUCAUCAGGAGGAGACGUCGAAACCUAAGCAGGUGAUCAAUGGCAAAGUCCCCACGUCCAUCCUAAAGAGGCCAAGUUCCAACUACGGGUCCGAAAUAGAACCCAACCACAAACGGAAAGGCGAGCGGAGGGUUCGAUUCAGGGAGCCAGAGACCACAGUGCAUGCCUAUGAGGCGACACCCUCCCGCCCCCACCUGGCCCUCUUCACCUGCCUCUUCCUGCUGAUGUCAUUCCUGGGCGUGGCCAUGUACUGCACAGGCCGACGGCGCCCUCAGCGGGUGUGUGAGGAGCUGGAGGCCACUUUGGCUGUCUACCUGCUGCACAUGAAACAGCUGCUGUGGGGCUGCUGGUUAUGGCUGACCAUGCAGUGACUGAAUCCAACCAUAGGGGAGACAAAGACCCUCUCUGUUUUUUUUUUAACCCCCUUCAUUCUUCCUACCUUUGAAAGGAGCCUAGGCCUGGAAACACCUCAGCUACUUUUCUCGGCUCUGCACACUAUCUGUGGUGUUAAACCACUCUGACAGAGAGAAAGGGAGAAAAGUUUAAUCCCAGAAAUAUGUAGCUUCCAAUUCUGUAUGUAUAUAAAUGUAUUAAGGUGGUGGAAAAGCCACUUCUUAUUGAAAAUGUAUUGAUUUGCACAUGUUGAUGCUCACAUAGAACGCUCACUCAAUCACCUCAAAGCAUUUAGUUUUUCAGUUAAUAACACAAUCUGUUGUAUGUGAGUGAAUGUUCCCAUGGAAUGCAAAUAUUUAUUUUGUUACAUGAUUUGUGUAUAUCAGAUAAAACACAGAGCUGAAUGUGUACAUAUGGCUCUAUAUAUUAAGGACUAUCACAAUAUUCAGCCUUGUAAUUGCACAUAGAUGAAUGUAGAGAUGUUGGAAUGAGCUUUGAUUGGCAGGGCGCACAUUGAUGCAGGGGAGGAUGGAAGCAGAAAUGUGCAAACUGUUCGAUAAUGAUCUGUGAGAAAGAAAACACAGGGCUGCUUCACUUCACAGCAACACCGGGUCGAAUGACUAACAGAUUAAAAAAAACACCUCUUUCUUUACAGACUGUAUCCAGCUCCACUGAGAAGGAAACUUACAGCACAAUGUAAUGCAUUCUCGCUCUUUAUAUCCAUGGUCCAAGAGAAUAUACUCGAACUGAAUGAAUGCUAAUGCUUUUGACAGUGUUGCUCUUUUUAACAGCUUGAAUCCUACUAAAUAUCCUUUGUCCUAAAUGUUAUUUAUUCUUAUAUACUGUAUAUCUGCAUCCAAGCAAAUAUCCAACUUUAGAAUAAUUUGACUUUUUAAAUUUUUUGUUACUGGUUAUAUUUCUAUUUCAAGAGAAUAAUAUUCAGGUUUUUAAACGUGAUGUCAAAUGCUCAUCAAGCUUUUGAAAAUGUACAGAUGGCAUCUUUGCAACACAUAAAAGAAACGUGUAGUCAUCCAAAACUACAUCUAUGAGGCCAAACAUAAAUGAAAUGCUAUUGUUGGGAGUCCCUUUAUCAAGUGAAGCAGAUGAAUUUAAAAAGCCAAACCACCACACAAAUGGAUCAUAGGAUUCAAAGGGUACAGAUGCACAUCUCACAGAUCUCUCAUUAUAAGCAAUAACACACAUCACAGAGUUUCCAGUUAAACAUUGUUCUUUAUAUAACAGGUUUCAGGGAACGCAAAAGGUUUUCACAAUUGAAUGUCAAAGCAAUAUGAGGCAAACAACGCCUGUAUAGAAGAAAGAAACACUGUCAAUUCUGUACUGUCAAACUAAAUUAUCAUUAGCAAUAAAACAAUACCCAGUGUAUAUGCACAUUUAGCUUAGAAGCUGCAUCUCACGGCUGUCCAAACAUUUAUGGUCACUUUGAAAGAAGUGCCUUUAUGGAGGGUUUUCUUAGUUCUUACUGUUUUAUGAUUUCAGUUCUUUUGAAUAAAACUGUCAUUGCCUAUCAAAGUCAA